AUGUCUAUGUUCCGGGCUAAGAAGCUUGAUAUUGGCUGCUUCGUCAAUAUUAAGACGAUCAGAGAUCACUCCAAGAGGAAAGCCUAUGCACAAUUCGAGCCUGAGAGACAAGCUCUGCGAUAUAUCAUCCGAAAUACCACUCUCCCCCCAAGGGCUCGAGCCGAAGCCCAACUACAGCUUACACAGAUGCACUGCUAUACGCGACCAACACAAAUCCGUGGACGAUGUAUAUUAGGUGGUAAGGGAAGAGGUAUAUUACGCGACUUCAAGAUGUCAAGAUAUAACUUUAGGAUGCAAGCUAUAGCAGGAAAUAUUCCGGGUGUAAAGAAGGCUAGCUGGUGA